GCUACCGACACGCAUAUUCUCCUUCCCAAAAAGCUCACAUACAAAAGCAACAAAACAAACGGUUGAACUAUGCACCAAUUUGCAGGUUCAUCAUCUUCUUCAACAAUGGAAGUAGAUUGCGGAUGGGAAUUCGACUUCGAGGACUUCUUCCCCUCCAUGGUUGCGAGCCUUGGAGCUGAAGGGUUCAUCGCCGAGCUCUGCAAUGGAUUUUUUCUUCUCAUGGAUGCGAGCAAGGGAGUGAUCACCUUCGAGAGCUUGAAGAUGACCGCGAUGUUACUAGGGUUGGACGUGAGGGACGACGAGCUCGUGAUGAUGUUAAUGGAAGGUGACUUGGAUGGAGAUGGUGUUUUGAAUCAAAUGGAAUUCUGCAUUCUCAUGUUCAGGUUGAGUCCUGGCUUGAUGACGCAGGACCUGCAGAGACCUAGAAUGUGGCUUGAUAAUAUGUAUUAACAUGCGUGCUAAUAAUGUAAUAUCUAUCUUGUGCAUCUGCUUCUCUAAUUGAAUCGACCUGUCUUUUACCAAUAUAAUGUAACCUUUACUAAUUUGCAAUUAUUAGGUUCUUAAUUCA